UGCUCGCUCUGAUUGGCUGAUUGUUGUCCGACGAUUUUAUCCUGCGACAUGAAAGUGUCGUACUAGUGCCGUGUUCGUAUGAAGUUAGCCGUCUCACCCACAGGAUGAUCGACAUAGAGAGAGGUGCUGCUGAGGCUAGCACCGAAGAACCCAGCAGUAAGAGCAAGGACCUCGAGAAAAAGAAAAGGACCCGUGUGAAACAUCUACUGGGUGACGUGAAGAAGCAAGUGGAGUUCUGGUUUGGAGAUGUCAACCUUCACAAGGACCGCUUCCUGAGAAAACUCCUAGAUGAGUCAGAGGACGGAUAUCUUGACAUCUCUGUGUUGGCAAGCUUCAAUCGAAUGAAGACGCUGACAACGGACACAAAGCUGAUAGCGAGAGCGCUGAAAAAUUCAUCUGUUGUCGAGGUUAACCUGGAAGGGAAUAAAGUGAGGCGUCAGCUUCCUAUCGGAGACGUACCAAAUAACGUUGACAGCCGCACGGUCUAUGUGGAACUUUUGCCCAGGGAUGUGGAUCACAGCUGGGUCGAGAAAGUGUUCACAAAAUGUGGGAAUGUGGUUUAUAUCAGCAUCCCUAGAUACAAGAGCUCUGGUGACCCCAAGGGUUUUGCGUUUGUCGAGUUUGAGAAUGAGGAACAAGCACAGAAAGCCAUAGAGAUGCUGAACAACCCCCCUGAAGAUGCUCCCAGGAAACCCGGGAUUUUCCCUAAAACAAAGAACAGAAAGCCUCUGCCCCUGCCAGAUGACAUUCCCCCACCAGGUGAAGAAGAGGAGAAGAAAAAGAAGAAGAAGAAGAAAAAAAAAGAUGGCGCCAGCUUACAGACGUCAACUGAAGAAUCCAAAGAGCAGGUGAUGGAAGCAGAGCCCUCUGAGCAAAAGAGGAAGCGCUCAGCAGCUGGGGAUUUGGAUCCAGAGGUCAAGACACCGGGGAAACUGUCCGAUAAAAAAAGACGACGGUCGACCACAGCAGAGGGAAGUGAAAGUGAGCUGCCGUCAAAGAUGAGGAGAGCUAGUGAAAGUGAAGGUGUGCAAAAGGAAAAGGAUGUCACAAAGACGAAAGCGCCUGCUCAAAGCGAAACAGAGAGGCGUGUUGAGGAAGGGAAAGAAAACAUGGAUGACUCCACAGUUAAAGCAAAGAGGAAGAGAAAUAAGAAACACAAGGAGAAACUGAAAAUCGAGGAGGAAGUCAUCCCACUCCGGGUUCUAUCAAAGAAGGAGUGGCUGCUGCUGAAGGACGAGUAUCUGAUCUUGCAGAAGCGCAGCAUGACGUCCCUAAAGAGGUGCAUGACCAAGAUAUAUCGCAAGGAGCCCAAGGUGCCAAAGGAGCACAAGAGACACAUGGAGACGGUCGAUGAUCCUCAAGAUGGAAACAAUGAGAAAUGUAUCAAAACCGAGAAAGCGAAUAACCACGGCCCUCAGUUUACCAGCGGUGUCAUCAUUAAGAUCACAGACAGCAAGCCGCUACCGCAGAGGAAGAUCAUCAAAGCUGCUCUGUGCAAAAUCUCCCCGGUGGCGUACGUGGACAUCCUAGAAGGAGACGCUGAGGGUCACAUUCGCUUCCAUAGCCCCGAGGAGGCUAAAGCCGUUAGCGACGUACGAGCAGAGCUACAGAAGGAGCACAGCUGGAAGCUUGAGAUCCUCUCAGGUGAUCAUGAGCAAAGGUACUGGCAGAAGAUCCUCGUGGACCGCCAAGGCAAGCUGAAUCGUCCGAGGGAAAAGAAGCGAGGCACAGAGAAGCUCAUAUCCAAAGCAGAAAAAAUCAUCACUGCUCGAGCCAAAGAGGCUCAUAAGCACAUCCGUUUCCAAGAAGACUGAGCUCUGCUGAAACGAGUGUAAAUAUUGAAGCACGUAGACGUCACAUGAUGUGAUUUGAGGGGGACACGUUGUGUUAAUUUGUUUUAAGCUCAAGAAGAACUGAAUGGAAUCUUGAACACGUUUAAAUUAGUUAAAAUGUCCCCUUGUUUUUUAUUUCUGCACUGGAGCCUCCAAGGUCAUGUGGAAUGCUACUUUGCAUAUUGAAAAAUACUUUUUUUUUUGUUUGUUUUAAUGAAAGGGAGAGUUUGUAUAGGAUGUAAAUAUGAUCAUUUGAAAGAUCUCCCAGUCCAAUCAUGAACAAGUCAGGGCAUUUUCUUUUGAAGACGAUUGCCUUUUUGGUUUUUAAUAAAAAAUAUCAUUUGUUAUUUCUUA